CGAUGGGAUUGAAGACGAACGUCUUCACUAACGUCAAAAUAAGCGUAUUAAAAGUAGCGUUCUACUUCCUGUAGAAAAGUUAAAACAAGAGAUAGAUUUCCGGUUUGACGAAAGGCAAGAAAAAAGCACGCCACACCAGGUGGCUAUUAUUCUGUGUCAUUAUUAUUACUGUAGUUCAGCAACAGUCAAAACCGAACACGCGUCGCAGAAUAUGAGUUCAAUAAAAUUGAACUCGAACGUUUGAGAACCGAUUUAUCUAAAAGCGUUACAUAACCUCAAACAGGUGUUUGUAUUGGCUAAAUAGAAAUCGGACAUUCCUCCACGUCCAGGUGUUCGGAACAAACUUUUAGAUAAAUCGCACCACAAUGGAUGCCGGGAAGUUUCAAACCCCUAUUAUCGAGGAAUCGAACUGUGUCAACUGUGAUCGAUUGGACAGCGAUGACAACCUAGUCCAAUGCGAUAAAUGUGAUGCAUGGUGGCACAUGUCCUGUGCCGGGGUAUCACAAUCGAUCGAGAAUCGACAGUGGUUAUGUGUGACGUGCUUGCGCCAACCAGGAAGCAUACAGCCGAGCUCAGGGAAUGCUAAAUCGAAAUCUUCUCGGUUGGAACUUAAGUUACGCAAACUGAGUGAGCAGUAUGCACUCGAACGAAAGUUUCUAGACGAAAAAUACAAGCUCCUCGAAUCGGAAUUGGAUGGAUCUGAUGGAAACAGUGACAGAACCGGUACUAGCAGCGCGAUGGACAUUCAACCAGAUUUCGACAAGGUGAGGCAGUGGAUUAAAGCCUGUGCGGACGUUCAAGAUGGAGGCAUAACUGGUCUACCCAACGCUCCAUCGUCGUCUCCGCAUACGUCACGCAACCGUAAUCAGAGAAUUGGUGAAGACCCUACUAAAAACGUAUCACAUAUGCAACGGGACACCGAGCAACGGACCUCCAGUAGAAGCGAUUCUGUACAACCUGAUGUACAUACUCAAUCGGACGACUACAUCCCAACCCGGACUGGUGUCAAGCCAAUACCAAGGCCAAGGAAACUAGCAUUCGGUGACGAUAGCAGAAGCGACUGUCAAAACGUAGGUAGUAUCGGUCCCCCUCCCCUCGCUCAGCAACCAGGUAAGUCACGUCAUGAUCCAUUGCCAAAUAAGAACGCUCAACACAACAACGAUAUGAACUUCCUGUGCAAACAAUUCGAAGACACUGGAUUGUCACGUCCUAAUCCAGUGGAGGCAAUCCCGUCUUUCUUGCAGUCAACCCAUCAAAGGUUUGAUCAAUCUACCUUUAUUCCUACCAGACCACAUUUCUUGCCUAACGAGCAUUUAAUCAAUAAUUAUUCGAAUCGUCAACCGAAUAUUAGAGAUGUGAAUACUUCCGAAUUCAAUCUCACCCCCUCGCAGUUAGCCGCCCGGCAAGUUAUGCCACGCGACCUCCCCAUAUUCUCGGGUAACCCCACUGAAUGGCCUGUAUUCAUAAGCAGCUUCAGAAACUCUACUCUGGCUUGUGGAUACUCCAACGCUGAAAAUUUAGCACGCCUUCAGCGCUGUCUGAAAGGCCAAGCUUACGCAGCGGUACAGAGUCGAUUGUUACUCCCAGAAUCUGUUCCGUAUGUAAUCGAUACCUUGCAUCUGCUCUAUGGAAGACCUGAAAUUUUGAUUAACGCUCUUUUAGAAAGAGUCAGAUCAGUCCCUGCGCCGAAAGUUGAAAGGUUGGAGAGCUUUAUUGAUUUCGGCAUGGCUGUUCAGAGCCUUUGUGAUCACCUAGAGGCGGCUGAUCAGCGUGCGCAUCUAACCAAUCCAUCACUGCUUUCGGAGCUAGUCGGUAAGCUACCCGGUCACAUCAAGAUGCAAUGGGGUACCUAUCUGCAGCAGUUUUCCGAAGUGAAUUUGAAGAAUUUUGCGAAUUUUAUGUCUGCAGUCGUCAUCUCAGUGAGCAAAGUGACUGUUUAUGCUAGUGCUAGUGCUAAAAGUAGUUCGAAUGACAAAUCCAAUCCGAAGAUACGCGGGACCCUGAACACUCAUGUCGGUGAUACAGGAAACGGACAGGAACGUGUGAAGCUGUGCAACGCUUGUCAGAUGCCUGAUCACAGAAUCGUCGAUUGUGGAAAUUUCAAACAGCUGUCGGUGGAUGAUAGGUGGAAGCUGGUCCAGGACAAGAGUCUUUGUCGUACGUGCCUCAAUGAUCACGGGAGGCGAAGCUGUCGAAGCUCUAAUCGUUGUGGGCUCAAUGGAUGCCAAUACCGGCAUCAUCACCUACUCCAUUCGCCACAAUCUAACGUUGUCCCAGCACAACGGGUAACUCUUGCGGAGAAUCUAUCUCAUCGUAAGUCAGACAGUAUGCUAUUCUUUCGCAUUGUUCCAGUGACAUUACACGGUCCGACUACAUCGGUUGAAACGUAUGCCUUUAUGGACGAAGGCUCGUCUAUGACAUUGAUCGAGGACAGUUUGGCAAGACAGCUCGGGGCGUAUGGUGAUAUCCUGCCACUAUGUUUGUUGUGGACAGGCAACGUCUCACGCAUGGAGAGUGAAUCACGGCAAGUUGAAUUAAACGUGUCUGCCAUGGACUGUAAAAAGCAGCAUGCAUUAGUCGACGCCCGUACAGUGAAGCAGUUAUCCCUACCGAAGCAAACAAUUUCAUUGGAGCAUCUUGUAGACAAGUAUCCACAUUUGAAGGGAAUCCCAGUGCAGAGCUACCAGGAUGCACAACCACUGUCGAUUGGUAUAAAUAACUUGAACGUUAUGCUGCCGCUUCGAGUUAAGGAAGGACGGCCUCGGGAACCGGUGGCUGCAAAGACAAGAUUGGGAUGGUGUAUUUAUGGCGGCAAUGGAUUAGAUGGUCAAUCGAUUUCACUCAACUGUCACUCCUGCGGUUGCAACGAACUAGAUUCAGAUGUACACGAAACGGUAAAAAGUUAUUUUGCCCUAGAAGACGUUGGUGCAAAAGCUGAGAUUACGAUUUAUUCAAGGCAGGAGGAACGGGCUAUGCGUAUCCUUGAGCAAACUACAGUGCGUUUGGGAAAUCGAUUUGAGACCGGACUAUUAUGGAAACAUGACCACAUUGAGUUUCCUGACAGCUACGCUAUGGUGUUCAGACGACUGGAGUGCCUCGAAAGAAGGAUGAGCCGGGACUUAUUGUUACGGGAAAAUAUACAAAAACAGUUGUGUGAGUAUGAAGCAAAACGUUACGCGCACCGGGCUACUCCGAAUGAGUUGGCUGUAGCGGAUUUGAGGCGAGUGUGGUAUUUACCAUUGGGUACUGUGUUCAAUCCUAGGAAAUCAAAAGUUCGACUGAUUUGGGAUGGUCGUGCUCAAGUCGAUGGAAUGUCCUUCAACUCGGUCAUGCUUAAGGGACCCGAUCAACUUUCUUCUCUUCCUGCGGUGCUAAUGCGGUUCCGGCAAUUCAGAGUGGGAGUCACAGCCGACAUAAGGGAAAUGUUUCAUCAGAUUUCCAUUCGACCUGAAGAUAGAGACGCGCAACGAUUCCUGUGGCGUAAGAAUCCAUCUGCUCCGGUUGAGAUCUACAUCAUGGACGUAGCUACCUUUGGAUCAGCUUGUUCGCCAGCGACUGCUCAGUUCAUAAAAAAUAAAAACGCUAAUGAGUAUAGAGAGGAAUUCCCACGCGCAGCGGAAGGAAUUGUAAGGAAUCACUAUGUCGAUGAUUCUUUGGAAAGCUAUGACAGCAUUGAAGACGCAGUACGGUUUUCCAAAGAGAUGCGCGCGAUCCAUGAAAAAGGGGGUUUUGAUCUAAGAAACUGGCUAUCGAAUUGUGAUGAAGUCCUAAUAAGUCUCGGGGAAUCUACCCACCUUGAAGAUAAGAGCUUCUGCGUAAGUGAUGAGUUCGGAUGCGAACGCGUUUUAGGCCUGCUAUGGAUAACUGGAAAGGACGACUUAGCAUUUUCAACCGAACUAAAAGACGAGGUAAAUCAGCUGAUACACAGCGAGGACCGGCCAACAAAACGACAAAUAUUGAAAUGUCUAAUGGCCUUCUUUGAUCCCCUGGGAUUGCUGGGCGUGAUACUUGUUCACGGAAAGAUACUAUUGCAAGAAGUGUGGCGUUCGGGAAUCCUUUGGGACGAAAGAGUGAACGACUCAAUAUACGAACGUUGGAGAAAAUGGACCCUACUGUUGACACAAAUAAAUCAAAUUCGUAUACCUCGAUGUUAUUUCGAAGGGGCGACAAGUAGCCACUACCAUAAUCUCGAACUGCAUAUUUUUGUAGACGCCAGCGAAUUAGCCUACUCCGCAGCGGCAUACUUUCGGGUAAUUCGUGAUCAAGGAGAAACAGACUGCAUCCUAGUAAUGGCGAAGACAAAGGUCGCUCCGCUCAAGCCUUUAUCCGUUCCUCGGCUGGAACUGCUGGCUGCGGUCUUGGGAGCACGGUUGAUGAAAUUUGUUGAGGAGAGUCACACCCUGAAGAUUAAACAAAAGUUUAUCUGGAGCGACUCAGCUACUGUUUUAGCCUGGCUGAAGUCAGAUGCUCGUCGCUACAAACAGUACGUAGCCUGCCGCAUUGGAGAACUUCUGGCAUUGACUAACGUAGGGGAUUGGAGGUGGGUUCCGUCUAAACUCAACUCAGCGGAUGAAGCCACCAAAUGGGGAAAAUGUCCACUGACGUCAACCGAUAGUACAUGGUUCAAGGGUCCCAACUUCCUGCGGCUUCCACAAUCAGAAUGGCCGAGGCAAAGAGAUAACGUCCAAUACACCAAUGAAGAGCUUCGCCCGUGUCAUGUGCAUCGAGGGUUGGUUGUACCAGAGCAGGUGUUUGAUCUAGACAGAUUUUCGAAGUACACUAAACUCCUUAGAGUAGCCGCCUACGUCCAUCGGUUUAUAGACAAUAUGAGAAGGAAAAGGCAAGGUGCCGGUCUUUGUCGAAGACAUCUAGAAUCUGAAGAGUUACGUAAAGCAGAAAAUACUUUGAUUCGUCUCGUACAGUGGCAAAAUUAUCCAGACGAGUUAGUUGUGUUGAAUCGAAAUAAGGACAAACUUGCAGAAAAACAAUAUCAACUUGAAAGUUCCAGCGUUUUGUAUCAAAUGUCACCAAUGCUGGACGAAAGUGGAAUUUUGCGAAUUGACGGACGGAUUGGAGCUGCGCCAAACGUGAAAGAAGAUACAAAAUUUCCCAUAAUUUUACCAAGGAACCACCGUCUCACCCACCUGGUGUUAGAUGACUAUCACUGCAGAUUUCGCCACGCAAACGCCGAGACGAUCGUGAAUGAAAUCCGGCAGCGCUACUAUGUUCCACAUCUCCGAGCAAGUGUGAAGAAAACAGGAAAGGCUUGUCAGUGGUGUAAGGUAUAUCGAUCCAAAGCAGUAGUACCGCGUAUGGCCCCAUUACCACCUGCUCGAAUGGCAACGUUCACCAGACCAUUCACCUAUGUAGGUUUGGACUUUUUUGGGCCAUUCACCAUCAAAGUCGGACGAAGUGAUUCAAAACGAUGGAUCGCUCUAUUUACUUGUAUGACAACUCGCGCUGUUCAUGUAGAAGUAGCACACAGUUUGAGUACAGAAUCCUGUAUAAAAUGUAUUCGCCGAUUUGUCUGCCGUCGUGGAUCACCGGCGGAGAUAUAUUCGGAUAAUGGAACAAACUUCGUGGGAGCUGAUAAACAGUUGAAGCAACAAAUGCAAGAAACUGAAAGUGAAUUAAUCGCAACAUUCACCAACGCUAACACCAAAUGGUUCUUCAACCCACCAGGAACACCACACAUGGGGGGAUCUUGGGAGAGGUUGGUCCGUUCAAUUAAAACAGCUCUGGAGAUAGCUUAUAACAAUAACCGAAAACUCAACGAAGAAGGACUCGAGACCCUAGUGAUAGAAGCCGAAGGUAUAGUUAAUAGCCGCCCCUUAACAUACCUUCCACUGGAUUCGGAUGAAAGUGAGGCGUUGACCCCAAAUCAUUUCCUCCUUGGAAGUUCUAAUGGAGUGCGCUAG